CGCCAUUGCUCCAUGACAAGAUUCACUCUUCUUCCUUUGUCGCGCACCUCUCAGCUUCGUCGCUUGUUGCCUUCCAGUGGCAACAGUGCCAACAUCUGACUCACCGGCAGACGCCUGAUUCCACAGCUCCGCCCAUUUAUACACGGACGCCCCGUCCUUUCGGCAUCUCGCCUGAAACCGUCUGUUCGAUACGCAAGCUCCGCGCGAAAGCCUUCCGGCAUGUCUGAUCGCCAGAACGCUCCAUUCAAGCCUCAGGAUCCCGAGGAGAUCAAGAACCUCGUCCAGGCCCUUGAAUCCCACUCAAAAAAAGGCAAGGGCAGAGGUGGAUUCUCCGUCAGGAAAGGUACCUACCAAACCCCCAAUGGAAGACCCGUGGAUUCGUGGCGAAUGCAAGACUGGGAUUACAAGAAGCCAAACCUCCCCACGUACGCUCGCGGCCUGUUCACAUACGUCAACCAAGAGGGCAACCAUGAGAUCGCGGUGCGAGGCUACGACAAAUUCUUCAACCACGGCGAAGUGAGGAAGACGGAAUGGAAGAACGUUGAGAAGCACACGAAGGGCCCAUAUGAGCUCAGCGUGAAGGAGAACGGAUGUAUCAUAUUCAUCGCGGGCUUGGACGAUGGCACAUUGCUGGUUUGCAGCAAACACUCUACCGGCAGUCGGGAAGAUGUGGAGUUGAGCCACGCUCAGGCCGGAGAGCAAUGGGUGGACAGGCAUCUCAAGACUGUCGGGAAGACUCGCGAGGACCUUGCACGGACUCUCAGGAAGAUGAACGCAACCGCCGUUGCUGAGCUUUGCGACGACGCCUUCGAGGAACAUGUUUUGGCCUACAAUCCUGAAACGGCUGGCUUGUACCUGCACGGCAUCAACCUCAACCUGCCCGAGUUUGUCACCUAUCCGGGAGAGCUUAUUGACAGGUUCGCCACCGAAUGGGGCUUCAAGAAGACCAUGUACGUCAUGGAGAACGAUAUUACCAAGGUCAAGAGUUUCCUCGACAAAGUGGCCGAGACUGGUGCCUACGCAGGCCGCGAGACGGAAGGCUUUGUCAUCCGAUGCCAGGCUCGUGAGGGGGAAAAUGGCAUCUGGGAAGAUUGGUUCUUCAAAUACAAGUUUGAGGAACCUUAUCUGAUGUACCGGCAGUGGCGCGAGUGCACCAAGGCCAUCAUUGCUGGCAGACCACCAAAAUACAAGAAGCACAAGAACAUCACCGAGGAAUAUUUGACGUAUGCUAAGCGUAGGCUUCACCAGGAUCCGAAGAUUGCCGCAGCCUACAACCAAAACCAUGGGAUUAUCUCCUUGAGGGACGACUUCCUCAGGGAGAGAGGCGUAAAGGGCUCGGAUAUCAUUCGUCAAGAGAUUGAAGCUGGCGAGGGCACUCCACCAAGCAGAGAGGUUACAAACAACGUUGUGCUUGUCCCAGCCGCGACCAUUGGGUGCGGCAAGACGACUGUUGCGGUGGCUCUGACGAAGUUGUUCGGAUGGGGCCAUGUGCAGAACGACAACAUCGAAGGCCGCAAGUUCCGGCCGCAGAGGUUUGCAGAUGCUUGCUGCCAGUCAUUGAAGAGCCAUCCGGUCAUGAUUGCCGACAGAAACAACCACCAGAGACGUGAGAGAGAGCAGAUUAUCAGGGAUAUCUCUAAGACCGUACCAGGGGUUCGAUUCGUUGCUCUUCACUACGUCCACGACCGUGCCAACUAUGACCAGAUCCGCAAAGCCAUGCAGGACCGCGUCCUCAGCCGCGGAGACAACCACCAGACAAUCCAGGCGGGUACCAAGGGUUCCGGCGAGGUCAUCGGAAUCAUGGAAGGUUUCCUGGAGAGGUUCCAACCAGUUAACCCGGAUGAAUCGCCAGACGAUGGAUUUGACCUUGUCAUCAACCUUGAUGUCACCUCUUCCUCCCGGGAAAACCUUGAGACCGUUGUGGCCCAGCUGAACUCGGAGUUUCCCAAGUUGUUUGGAGAGAUGCCUACCGGUCAUGAUCUCGACAUGGCGAUUGAAGCAGCUUUGAAUGACUACAAGCCUGAUAUCAAGCAUGAUCUGAGCUUUGGUAACAAGCAGAAGCAGAGACAGUCGGGCCAACAGAAUGGUACUCCUGCCGCACCCAAGCCUCCUAAGAUUGAUUAUUUCUGUAUCAAGCUUUCCUCGGAACGCAUCAAGGCUAUACUCGAGGCCAUGUUCAAAGAACAGAGUCCCGAAACCCAGCAGUUUUACCACCAGCUGCAGCACACGAACCGCAUUCAACAGGAAUUCCACGUCACGCUUAUCCACCGCGCUUCCUCCAAAGAGCAUCCGCAGCAAUGGGACCGUCUACACGAACUGCACGCCACGGCGAGGAACAGCACAGGCAACACGACGGACCCUGACCUUGGCAGAUGCAAGGUACAGCUCGAAAGGCUGAUUUGGGACGGGCGCGUCAUGUGCUUCGUUGUGCGCCUGUUGAGUGAGAGCGCGCAGGCCGAGGACGGGCAGACGGUGAACGCAUUUGAGACGACGAACAAGGUUGCGCACAUCACGAUCGGUACUGCCGGCAAGGAUAUCAAGCCCAAGGAGAGCAACGACCUUCUUCAGCGCUGGUUGCAGAGCGGCAGCGGGCCGGAGACUGGGCUGAAUGAGAUCAUGGUUCGCGGUCACAUUGCCCUGGAUGGGGUUGUCAAGGGAGUUUUGCAGAGGUUCUGAGCGAUGAGCAGUGUCACGGGCUAUGAUGAAAUGGAACAGCAUACACGAGACGGCGUUUACCUAUGUAGUAUCUUAUUGGCAGCUUGAAGCUCAUGCACGCUACCCCUACAGCCAGUUAAAGAGGAAAAAAGUUUGAAAGUUCGUAUUCAGGCGUUGCAUCAUAAACAAGCGGUCUGCCGUAGAGCUUACCUAUGUAUCUUAUAUCAUCAACAAACACGGGAAAGCAAUUUAUUGACAGGGGGGAGG